CGCCGCCCCAGGAUCAUCGUGAAUGGAUGAGAUCCUUCCUGCUCUCAAGUCUCUUUUCUACCCUCGCCGUCCUCCUCCCACACCUCCUUCACUUCCAUCUUCUCUUCACCCUGCAACGUCCACCACCGUCACGAUUCGACAUACAACAAGCUCACAGACUUCGUUGGCAAAGUCUCAGACAAUCGUUUUAUGAUAUUGGAUUACAAGCCGCGCUAGUAUUCUCAUUUCACAUCGACAUUCUUUCCAGGCCUUGGAGCAUAUGAUCGAUAUCUUUGACCAAAGGACAACACUUCCGACAAACAUUCCCGCCUUGGACAGAUCGCGGUACAUCACCAUUCACUAGUCCCAAAGACAUAGCUCAGAGAGCACUUGUAUCAUUCAACCAGAAAACAAAACUCCCAUAUCAGACACAAUGCAGUUCAAGUCGAUAGCUGCUGCGCUCCUGCUGCCCCUCGUGGCCGUCAACGCCCAGGACAGCCUCAUCACCACCACCAUGACAUCGACAGAGACCCUGACCAAGACGAUCAGCUUGACCCGCGUCUCCACUGUCACCAGCUUCACUGGCAACAGCACGGCAGCACCAACGGGUACCGGCGCCGUUUCAACACGCGUACCAACUGUUGUUCCCACAGCGACCUCGCCGCCGACCAUACCAGAGAAUCCCGCCUCGAUCCUGCAGGUUUCCAACAUGGCGUAUGCUGGUGUCGCCGGUCUUGUCGCUGCCAUGUUGCUGUAAGAGCCGUCGUUGUACGAGCCUUUCGCAUGGAGCCAGCUUUGUGCGCGCAUGCGCGGCAAUCAGAACGAAGGGACGAAGAAGAGACGAACGGGAUCGUCCCCGCGCUAUGGGACGCCCCGAAAGUUUGAGACAUUAACAGGUCUCGAACUCAAUCGACUACGAAACCCCCACGAAUUCUUCGAUGCGAAACAUCAAUUCAAUUGUUUCCUUUGUCGCAAAUAUCUGCCUUUUGUCUUUCAGCCUUCAUCAUUCACGCGCGCGCGCGAGUAUUGAUACCAGCCUGCAUCGCAUUGCUGCCUUUUCAACCAACACGAUCACGACCAACGACACGACUCUUGUUGCAACAACAACAAGCACCAUUACCCAACCUCUUCCUGCCUCGUCGACGCCUGCGCCGCCUGGCAGUUUCUCCAAUUGACUUUGUGACCUAUCGUCACCCCCAUCGUCCUGGCUUUUUCUUUAUCUUUGGCGACUGGAAAAGUUUUGAAGCUUUUAUUUUACCAUUAUACUUUAAACCCCCACAAUCGGCACGUGUGGUGGCGCCGACGGGUGACCGACCCUUGACUCGCCGCCGCUACCCGCACGCCCAACGCAAAAUGACGUCGAUUGUUUUCAAUCUUAUUCUUUCCUUUCCCAGCAAGAACCCGUCUUUGCAAUCAGCUUCAUGGAUGGCGCCGGCUCUCUUGGCCUUGUUCCAACAUGUACUGUUUUGACGGGUUCACUGGGUCAUUGGGACUUUGGGCCUAUGGUUCAACUUCACCUUGUUAUUCUCUGACUCUUUUUGAGAUAUACCAAUUUGGCAUUGUCUCAGGUUGGGUUGGAUUUCUUGAUACCCCGCGCUUCACAUUCGCCUUGCUUUUGAAUUCAGCCGACGCCAUACUUUUUUCCUUUCUUAUUUUCUGUGGCAAUUCUUUUGUUUCGCUUCUGGACCUUCAUUUCUUCAUUUUAUUCGCAUAUGUUCUUUUUUUCUUUUUUACAUGCACGAAGGAGAUGUCAUGUAUCUACUGCUUGGAGCCUUUGAUAGUUUGGAACCCUAAUGGUUCUUUUGUGAGCGAGGAGCGUUUACUGGCGCUGGUUUUGUUUUUAGCUAGCCAUGAAGACGUUCUAUUUCUCCAACUCUACAUGACAAGCGUGAAUCUGAUCCGA